GCACAGAGCUAAAAUCCAGUGGUGGUGGUAGUACAGGAGACACGGCAGACUAGGCAAAACCACAAUCAGGAGCAAGAGGAACUGAGACGCACAUGGCCUUUGAAUGGACCACACUAAAAAAUCAGUUGUGACUUACAGCCCGGAAAGGACAACUUAAGGGGACCUGCACAGACUCUGUCUUUGAAACACUGGCCAGGAAAAAGUUGCCAGGCUUUUUCAGUCCUGACAGAUUCAUUGAGAAGUCAGCUGAUGGGACACUGAGGAGUGUUUAAGAAUCUUGAAGAACUGAAGGUUUAGACCUAAAUCUGGGAACAAAAACAGAUCAUUGAGCGAGAGAAAAGAACACGCAUGAGACAUACAACAAUGCACUGACAGCGAGGAAUGGAAAGGAUCAGCGUAGAAACAGACUGGGAUGGAUUAGGUCUCUCCUCUCCAGGCGCCUCCGAAGGAAACAACUUCUCUGUGUUUGUAACUGAACUGAGCUCGUUUAACGCUUCUCGCACUGGAGGAUCCAUCUUUGGUAUCUUUCAAGAGAAUGGCUCCAACACCACGCCUCACUCCCUGCCUCAACCCCGGACCAGGGACCAAGGACUGGCCCGGGCUGAGAUUGCCGUUUUGGGGAUGGUUCUGGCUCUCACCACGCUGGGCAACAGCUUUGUGUUGUGGGUCCUUCUGAGGAGAAGAAAGCACAAUGCACCUAUGCACCUGUUUAUGGUCAACCUGUGUGUGGCUGACCUGGUGGUGGCUCUCUUUCAGGUACUGCCUCAGCUGAUAUGGGACAUAACAGAGAGGUUUCAGGGGCCUGACUUGCUCUGCCGGUCCGUCAAGUACUUGCAGAUAGUGGGGAUGUUUGCUUCCUCCUACAUGAUAGUUGCCAUGACAGUCGACCGGCACCAUGCCAUCUGCUGCCCACUGCAGGCUUACCGCGUUGGAGCUAUGUCCCGCUGGAACACCCCUGUGAUGGUGGCGUGGGGCCUGGCUCUGGUGCUUAGCAUACCGCAGGUGUUCAUCUUCUCCCGCUCAGAAGUAGCGCCAGGAGAGUUUGAGUGCUGGGGUCACUUCACUGAGCCGUGGGGGCUGAAGGCCUACGUCACCUGGAUGACCGUGGCUGUGUUCCUGCUGCCCGCCCUCAUCAUUACCAUCUGUCAGAUAAGAAUCUUCCGCGAGAUUCACAACAACAUCUACCUGAAGUCAGAGAGGAUAGUGAUGGCUGAGCUGAAAAGGAGUGAAAACCUGUUUCGCAUCCACGGCUUUAGGAAAGAGGAGGACCGGGCAAGGGAAAGGGAGAGGGGAAGACAGGUGCCUGGGAGAGGAGGAGGAGGACAACUGCUGAAGGACAGCAAUUUACAUGACUGCGAAGUGGGAGAACAUUACGACUAUGUGCCGUCUGUUAUUCAGUAUAGUAGCUGCUGCGGUGAACGUCAGACAGAAGGAACAUCAUUAUCGCAGGAGCAAAUACCAAAGGGCUCCGAUUUCCGGGAGUCCUGUACCACUUCACCCCGCUGUUCCCUGGACUGUGCCCCCCCUCCACAUCCGGUCACUCCACCUCACAGUAUCACUAAAGCCAUGUCCAAGACAGUAAGGAUGACCCUAGUUAUAGUGCUGGUCUACACCAUCUGCUGGUCACCGUUCUUCAUCGUUCAGUUGUGGGCGGCUUGGGAUCCAGACCCUCCAGACCAAGGAGUGGCCUUCACUAUCCUGAUGCUGCUGGCCAGCCUGAACUCAUGCACCAACCCGUGGAUCUACACGGCCUUUUCCAGCAGCGUGUCCAGAGAGCUUCAAAACCUGCUGCAGUGCCGGUCACGUCUCGGCCGAAGGGGCUCCCUCCCCGAUGACUCUACGGCCACACACACCUCCACCACAAAGGACAACCUGUACUGACAGACACUGAAAAGAUGAAAAUACAGGCACAUGCUUGAAAAACACAUGGCGAGUUAGCUGCAAGGACUGAUGCAGCCUGUAGUUCAUGCAUCACUGCCUGGGAACAGCCUGACCUCUACCAGAUGUUUGCUUUGACAAAGGACAGCUGUACCCUCAGCAGGACAUCCAUCUGUGCUCACCUGUCUGCUCAGCCCCCGCCCCUCUACCUACCGGAAGGAUGUCAUUGACAAUGUCAACACCACACACAGUCCAGCCUCUCUUGCAUCUGCAAUGCAAAAUGAUCUGGAAAGUAAAGAGAUUUUCACUUCAGUAGCUUUUGGCUUGGAUCUUGUGGAGUGAUUCAUGUGAGGAAAAUAAAAAGAAAACACUGUCUGACUCCAACACAGCAGAGAACACAAGGAAUGCAAAGGAUGGAUUGCUGCAUUUAUUUCCUCGUGGCAUGGCUAAUGCACAAAAGCAUCAGAUAAAGCUACGGAUCUAGAGGGACGCAAACAGCAAUAUUUGAAAUUGCUGCAGCUAUAAGUUGGGUCCUAAACCAAGGUGAACAUUUUUUUAUGUUAAUUAAAGAUCAGAGACUGAAUUCACACUCGAAUCACUCUGAAGGAUUUCUUCAGAAGACGGAUGUAUAUUCACUCCUGAGGAUGGCGUAUUGAAGUAAACACAGAGCCCUGCAAGAAGCUGCAGAAUAACACACACUUAAGAAAACUAUCAAAGAGGAGAGGGAAAUAAAGAAAAAAACAUUUUCCAUGAGUGACUGGGACCCAAUGUUGUGUCUAUAUUUUGAGCAAACAUACAAGACUUUCCAGUUAUGCAGACUUUGGAAAUAUAAAACACAAACAGUAUACUGGAGAUGUUACAUUCCACGUGUAGAAAAUGUAAAGAUUUAUUUAUUGACCACGUUAUGGCACAACAGAUACUACCUUUUAUUUAAAAGCUGAAUGUAAGUCAUCAACUAAAACGGAAGAUGUAGAAAGAUGACAAACCAAAGUUUUAUCUACCCAGGUCUUAACAGUAUCAGGCUUAAAAACUGUUUAAAAAAUCAGUUAUUUUUAAUAAACUGUUCUGCUAUGCAGGAAAGUCCACAUUUAGAGUGAAAUGAUUUCAAGUCCAAACUAAGUGCCUGGGGUGUGAGUUAUAGAUGUUUUCAGUGGGGCCUCCCCAAACGUUUUAAUCUUCUUAUGAUGUCAGCUGUGUUAUUCUUACUCAGAGCUAAGAAUCAUAGGAUUUUUUUUAUCACACCAUGAGCCAUUUAUAUGUUUGACCUUAUUUAUUGUUUUUCAGAAGAAUAUAUAUACACACAUUAACACACACACACACAAGUUCCAUAAUAUAUAUAUCUGUACAUAUUUAAACCAGUUUUAAGGCAUUUCUAGGUCUGUUUUUACACUGUGUUUAUGUAUAAUGCCCCUCUACUGCAUGGCAAUGUUUUUUUUUUGUUUUUUUUUUAUAUAUUACACAGUAUCUAAAAGGUAAAAUAUUAUAAGCUGUUCAGCAGAUACAACUCUGGUGAGACAUUAAUUAUUUCUUUUUUUAAACACACAAUUUUAAAUUUAUCAUAGAUUUUAUAUCAAGAUGAGGUCAAAAACCAUUUGCAGAUGUUCAAAUAUAUGCAUACUCCUCCACUUGCAUUAGAAUAAAUGUGUUUCAAUUACUAAUUUAAUUUUAAGGGAAAGUGAAAUGAUUUGGAUGUAGUUUGUCUUUUUCACUGCUUUAUUGAGUCUGUCUGCAGCAACAAUAGCACUGCUAAGCAAAAGUCCUUCAGCCUGGUGCUGCUAUUCCUGUUCCUGUUGUACAAUGUCCUCAGUGUAACUCAUCCAAACUGUUUUUGUCACUGUAGUUGAAUAGCUUAAAUUUUCUCAUCCGGACAAAAAAAAAUUAUUCUAAAGGCAUUUUGCCUGUGAUGUUUCAUUCAUUCCUCAAAGGCCGCUUUCCUUCAUGUUUUAGAUCCUUCACUGGUUCUUCAGCCUAAAUUAAGCAAAUUUUUUAUCGGAUUAGCUUGAACAGGGUUGAUUUUUAAAACAUCCAUGAUGCAAGAUACCAUGAAAGUGCUCCAGGUCUGCUGUCAAAUUCAGACUUUCCUGAAGGUCUUGGUUUGUUUAUCUCUUUGUCAGCACCUUUUACACCUAAUGGUGUUAAACUCACCUCACUUGAGACAGUGACAGAUGUGUUUAAAGAGCUGUAAGGCAAGCUAGGGCAAUUUUAUUUUUAUAGCAAAAUUCAGUACAUGGACACAUAGAAGAAAAACUAAAAUCAGAGUAAAAGCAAAUAGUUAAAAACAUGAUAAGCAGGUAGUUAAACCAAUAAAAUAGUUGGACCACAACCUUAAACUAAUAAUACCUCAGUUAACAGUUUAACUUCAAUAGUGAAAGGCAGCUGAAAACAAAUGUCUGUAAAUUCACAGUAUAAAGUAUUGUAUUUAUU